AUGGAGAUGCAAGUGGAUGUGGAUGGAACCUACAAAGGGCAGUGGCUGCGCGGCCUCCGCCAUGGCUACGGCGUGCGCACCUCCGCCCAGUUCGGCCAGGCCUCCGUCAGCAGACCGAGGGCGAACAACAGAGGCUCCACGACCUCCCUGCGCUCUGACGGCGCCGGCGACCCGCUCGCGGAUAGAGAUCUAAGGUCAAAUGUAGAUGAUGGGCGCGGAGGCUUCGUGUUGAGGGCGAGGAGUGACGAGAUCCCACGUCGUAGGGGCAGCCUCGUCUCCGAUCGACCAAGUAACAUCAGAAACGUCUUCAAGGGCCUGAAGAUGCGUCGCCAGCGGAGCACGGGAGACAUCCAGACCGGGCGCGCGUCCGGAUCCAUCCGCUCGACCGGGUCUUCGGCGUCGUGGAUGUCGACGGACUCCGGCCAGUCGGCGUACACAGUAGGGGACGUUCCGGAUGAGGGUUCGAACGCCUCCUUCAUCAUCGAGGACGAACAGCUGGACGCGAGUGUGGUGGAGAACUACAUGGGCGAGUGGAAAAACGACAAAAGAUGCGGAUUUGGCGUCUCCGACCGCACCGACGGACUCAAAUACGAGGGCGAAUGGUACAACAACAAGAAAUACGGAUACGGAGUUACUACGUUUAAGGACGGCACCAAGGAAGAGGGGAAAUACAAGAACAACGUCCUCAUCACAUCCAACAAGAAGAAACAUGUUUUCCUCAUUCGCUCCGCCAAGUUUCGCGAGCGGAUCGAGGCAGCGGUGGCGGCCGCGCAGAAGGCAGCCAAGAUCGCCAUGCAGAAGGAGGAUAUCGCUAUCUCUCGGACCGCUACUGCCCGCGGGAAAGCCGAGCAGGCAGAUAUGUACGCUGUGCACGCGAGGGAGGACUCGGAUAUUGCAAGAAUUUUCGCCAAACAGUUUGCACCAGAUUUCCACCAAGCAGGAGUCGCGGCGCAGGAGGCGGCGGGCUCGCGGCGCACGUCCAUGAACCCGGGCGGCGGUGGGAUGCUGCCCGACGCGUCGCUGAUGACCCGCGGCGACUCACUCAUGCGCGGCGCGGACCGCGGGAGCACGCCCAUGCGCCUCAACGACCGCUUCAGCCACUACAACAGACCGCCGUCGCGCCCGCCGUCGCGCGACCGCUCCGUGGACCGCUUCGCGUCGCGCGGCCAGACGCCCGUGCCGCCCGAGCUGAUCAACCCGCGGUCGCGCGCGCCGUCCGCGCAGCGCUCGACUGCGCAGGACUGGACGCCGGACUCGGGCGUGUACGACGACGAGGCGGCGGCGCCCGCGGGCGGCUCCCGUCGGCCGUCGCGCCCCGCCUCUAUCAUCUCGGGCGAGGCGCCGGCGCUCACCGGCAACGGCUCGGUGGGCGGCGGGUUCCCCGUGCCCUACGCCAUCCCCUCGAGCCCGCAGGAGGCCGAGAGCCUUCUGCGCAAGCGCGCGUGCGGCCAGGAGAUCCCGCCGUGCCCGCCCACGCCCGGCCAGGGCACCGUCAAGCGCACAGAGUCGCUCUACAUCAACCCCAUCGUGCGGCGUCAGGCGCAGGUCAAGACGGCGCCGGCGCCCACGUUGAAGCGCAAGAAGUCGCUGCCGGAGGUGCAGGGGCUGCCCGUGAACAUCAUGUCGCGCGAGGAGGCCGCGGUGCUCAGCUCCGCCCAGAGGCACGAGUUCCGCCGCCAGGCCGAGGAGGCCGAGCUGUACCGCGCCAACCCGCUCCUCUACCUCACCAGUCCUGCCGUUCAGGACUGGUUCUCCCGGCAGCGGCUGGUCAUGCUCAUCCUCUUCCUCAAUCUGUCGCUGGCCUUGAUGUUCUUCAAGCUCCUCUCGUAGCAGCCAGCGAGGUCGCGGGUUCUCGAGGCUGCCGCCCUCCUAGGCGUCCCUGCGUGUCGGCCGCCGCCCGUGCCUUCCUCAGCAGACCACGCCUGCUACUCGCCUGCUCACGUGUGCUGUCAGAAUCUUUAUUUUGUUAUGGUUCGUGACGCGUUCUGCCGCCCAUGUGUGAGCCGUCCCUUUUUGUA